AUAAACGAUGUCAUGGUGUAGAAAACAACAUUGUUUCCUGGAGUACAACAUUGUGAGAUAAGCCCAACGGUGUCUCAAAGAUCCAACGACACCGCGAGGAUAGGAAGCGACGUUGUUUACUUUAAAACAACGUCGCAGUGGCGAGAGUUCGGCGAUGGUGUGUUUUUAAAUGUCGUUUGUUUAUUAUGUGGAUAGGGUUGUUUGGAGGAAUGAAUCGUGGUGGAAAAUUAUAGAUUUUGGCUUAGUGUCGUUUUGGCCAAGUUCCCGCGUGUCGAAGCGGUUUCGUAAUCGUGGGAGUUACGCAAAAAGGAGGGAGUUAUCCGCACGGUUGACAGGAAUGAAGAGCGUGGGAGACAAAGGUGCGAAGGCAGUUACUAUGACUACGGGGAGAAGAUUGGGGUAUAAAGAUCAGGAAGAGAGAGAAGCUCAAGACGGCAAAAUCAAAUCUCAAACUACCCCGUCGCAGAAUCUAUCUUUUCUCUCUCUAGUUUCGUAGAACAGCUCUGUCGAAUAUCUCCUUUGCAGAGUCGUAGUUAUUGUAGUCGUAGUCUCGGAGCUCUCUAGAGGAACCUCCAUAGGAGUAGAGGUAACGUAAUUUAGAUCCUCCUUGUUUCCUCGUUAUUUUUCGAACACCCUCGUUCGAACUUAGUUUGGAGAGGUGGUGAACCAAAUAACGGUUGUUCUUAGUUAGAAGUCAAAGGUGCAUCGAUCAAAUCAACAUCGCCCGACAUUCGGUGGUGGAUAUUAGACGGUCGUCUUGGUUUCCAUUUUAUCGAUCAAAUCAACAUCGCCCGACUUUCGGCGGUGGAUAUUUGACGGUUGUUUGAUUUUGUGUUUCCUUGAAAACGGAGUGCAUUAAACACGCGAGUUUCGCCAUCGAAACUAAUUGGCACACUCGGUGGGACACGUGUGUUCGAAUGGCUCCGCGACGGAGGAAUCACGAGGGAGAUCUUCCACAAACUACAGUGGAGGAAGAGCAAAUGGUCAACAUGCAGAUUGACCAGAUUGACGGUUCAAACGUCGGUUUGAGCAACGACACCGAAGGGGAAGUGCCAGCAGUGGCGCAAACCGCUGACUAGGGUGAAAUGGUGUGCAUGCUCUGCCAAGUCAUGAAUGAUGACCAACAGGUAAAACUUCACUUAGACUCUUUGGAUGGACGUCUUGAUGGUCUUAGAUCUCGGAUUGAUAGACGUGUUAGCCGAUUGGUUGAAGUCGUAGAUAAAAACAGAAUGGAUUUGGAAAGUAACAGACGUGAUUUUAAUGAAUUUAGAGAGUUUUUGAGUAGGCCAGUGCCGCAAACAAAGGCUUUGCUGUUAAGCGGCGAGAAUCUGUUACACAAUGAUACUGGCACCAAUAAUUUUCCGGUCAAUGACGGUCGAGAUACUGAGCCGAGAUAGGGUGUUCCACCGACACCGAUGUUGAAUCCAACAACUCCGUCGAGUGUGAAUCAUGGCGAGACCAACACUGCGGCUAACACUCGUGUUGAGCCGCCACCGAUGCACAAUGUGGGUUCACAAAAUAUCCCGGAAGCCAGACCGUACGUGGGUCCGAUGAGUGGUGUUGUUGGUGGAGGAAUGAACAAGAAUGAUCAUGUUCCACCACGCGGCUACCCCUGGCAUGGAUCCUGGUGGAUUUGUACCACAAGGGGGGAAACUCGGGGGGCAAGACGUUAAUGUGAUUCGAGAUCAGGUAGCACAGAUGCUGGCGGAUCAGUUUGGUUUAGGGAUUAGACCAACGAUGCCGCCGGGGUACCGAAAACCAUAUCCGAACUUGGUUGAUAGAUAUUAUCCCUUUCCACGUGGUUUUCGCAUACCAGAUUUCAUCACCUUCAACGGAAUUAGAGAUUAGUCCACCGUUGAACACGUUGGACGAUUUACAGUUCAAUGCGGUGACGGGUCCUGCAUUCUCGUGGUACAUUAACUUGCCAUCGAACUCGGUUCAAACUUGGCAGCAAAUGGAACAGAUGUUCCAUGACCAGUUCUACUAUUCUAAGCCAGAAUUAACAAUGGCAGACUUGGCACGAACUCGCCAACAACUAGGAGAAACGGUGGAACAUUUCUUAACCAAUUUUCAACGAUGGCGUGUGUUUCAAUGUCGUUGUUUAUUAUGUGGACAGGGUUGUUUGGAGGAUUGAACCGUGGUGGGAAAUUAUGGAUUUUGGCUUAGUGUCGUUUUGGCCAAGUUCCCGCGUGUCCAAGAAAUUUCUUACUCGUGGGACUUACGCAACAAGGAGGGAGUUAUCCACACGGUUGACUGGUGAUAAUCGGCUUUAAUAUAUCGGAUUCUUGAACUUUAUGUGACUAUCCCAUGAUAUAUUUAAGCCAAUUGGUGCCGUUUUAGAGCUGAUUAACUAUGGAAUGGCAAUAAAACCAUUACCACCUAGUGCCAUGAAUUCUAUAUGUUGUAGGUGAAGAAAAAUGUUAACACAAACAGGCUAUCGAAGAAAAAAAAACAGGCGCUUUAUAUUUUCGGAUGAGAAGGAAUUAUUUCCUUCCACCUAUGGAAUUAACAAUGGGCCAGGGCCCAAUCUUUUUCCUUCUCGCCUGAGACUUGGACCAUAACAGAGGGUGAAGGAAGAGAGGUCCACAUUAAUUGGACCCGAGGAAUCUCUUUUGGCUUGGGGGGGAAAAGGAGGCGGCCAUUAAUUAGACUGGGCCCAGGGGAUGAAUUAAUUUGGACGGAAGGGUUUUUUGGCAAAGCUUCUUCUGGGACAAGGAAUUGCUUAGGCGGACGACUAAUUGGAGACGGAACAGAAUUCUCAGAAAAUGAAUUCUUUAGGCGAUCGAGAGCCAGGGACACGGAGCGGCAGCGCGGAACGAGAUGAAGGACGAGCGCAGCAAUUGGAGCAUAUCACUAGUACCUCGAAUCGGAAGAGAGAAUAAGAUUUUGUGCUUCUAUUCGUAUCAGUAUUUUGUCUCCUUUUCGUUACUGGCAUCAUGAUGAUCAAGAACAUGAUUGUGUGUUUUAUUUUCGUUAUGAACUAAACCCCAAUUUAUGGGGGAAACACCAUAAUAUGUAGCUAUUUCUAUAUUUGAUGGAUUGAUUCAUAUUUCUUUUCUUCCAAUCUCUAUUGCAUGAAAUUAAUUAAUGCUUUGUGUUGACUGGCCACCAAUACAUUGACUUGUUGUUAAUUAGGUUAUUAGUGAUAGUGAAACCCUAAUAACUGAACAUAUUUCAUGUGACAUAGUAACUUAUCGAAGCAACAGUGGAUUAAAUAAGGUGCUAUGCG